GCCUGGGAAGGAAAUGGAAUCCACUUCCGUCCAGAAUCCUGACGACUUCGGUCUGUACCGGAAGUGCAUGGGCUGCCGAUGUGGUGUCUACUGACUGCAGUUCCAGUUACUCGCCCUUGUUUCCGUGGCUGGGUAUUUGCUUCGCACUAUGGCGCCCAAAGGCAAAGUGGGUACAAGAGGCAAGAAGCAGAUAUUUGAAGAGAACAAAGAAACUCUCAAGUUUUACCUGAGGAUCAUACUGGGAGCCAAUGCCAUAUACUGCCUUGUGACCUUGGUUUUCUUCUAUUCAUCCGCCUCAUUUGGGGCCUGGUUGGCCCUAGGCUUUAGUUUGGCAGUAUAUGGGGCCAGUUACCACUCUAUGAGCUCGAUGGCUCGGGCAGCCUUCUCCGAGGAUGGGUCCUUGAUGGAUGGUGGCAUGGACCUCAACAUGGAGCAGGGCAUGGCAGAGCACCUUAAAGACGUGAUCCUCCUGACAGCCAUUGUGCAGGUCCUCAGUUGCUUCUCCCUCUACAUCUGGUCCUUCUGGCUUCUGGCUCCAGGCCGGGCCCUUUACCUCUUGUGGGUAAAUGUGCUGGGCCCCUGGUUCACAGCAGACAGCGGAGCGCCAGCACCAGAACACAAUGAAAAACGCCAACGCCGACAGGAGCGGCGGCAGAUGAAGCGGUUAUAGCCAUCACUGUGGCCACAGACUGCUGGGCACUGGUUGGUUCUGUUAGGCUGCAUGGCCCCAUGCCUGGAGCAGUGAGGGCCUAGUUUAAGGGCCAAAAGCAGCCUGAAAUAUAGGAUAACUAAAUAAAUUGUUUAGAAUGUG